AUGCGUCUAAGAGCGAUAUCAGAGAAUAAAAAGCCUGCUGGAAUGAGAAAUAUGGGAAGAGAUCUAUCAACAAUGAAAGAAAUGAUAGCAUUUUGGGGUAAGAAAGAUGAACCAGUUAAAUUACCUCCUAUAAAUGUAAUAGAAAGAUCAGAUUUCUAUGAACAUAAACCCUAUGAAAUCAAAUUUAAAAUAUAUCAGAAUUGUUUUGCUUAUAAUAAUCUCAUACAUAAAGAAUUUGAACUUCUAUAUAUAACAGCUCCAAAUCAAAUGGAUGAUUCUUUUAUAGAAAUAGAGUAUAAAAUGUUUGUUUCAGAUUGUUAUUUUGGAAGACCUACAUUUACAAAUACAGAGUUUAGUACAUAAAUAUAAUAUUAUGUUGGGUAAAUAGAUAAAACAAGUAAUCUAUUUUUUAUAUCAAGUUAGUUGUAUGUAUUAAAUUGAAAACAUGCCUGAACAUUUAUUAAGUUCAUCAAAAAGUAUAAGAUCUAUGUUUUAUCAUUACUAUUUUAGUUCAAAACAUGAUAAUCUACCUUUUAUUCAAGUGCUCAAAACUCCAAUAGUUUUUAGAGAGAAAAAAACAUUAAGAUUUAGAACAAUGAGUACUUCAAUAUCAGAACAAUCAUAAAAUGGAUUAUUAACUUUGGUUUAUAUAACAGAAUAAUAUGUACCUUUAUAAAAUAUAUAUUCAAAAAAAUUGGAAAUGGGUAAAUUUUCUUAUGAUUAAAAAUUACAUUUUGCACUUAAAAUUAUGCAACUUGUUAAUUCUGUUGAAAGAUUGGGAAUAGCUAUUUUAGAAUUAAAUAUGGAAUCAAUAUUAAUAACUAAAGGAGGUUAAUUUAAAAUAUCAACUACUAAUCUAAUUCCCUUUAUAUAAGUUGCUGCUUAUAAAGAAGUAUGGUCUAUGUAUGAUGAAUAUGAUAAAGUUUAUACUCAUUUAUCAUUACAUAAAACUAUUAAACCACCUGAAAUUAAAAGAAGAGAACCAAUUAAAGAUUUUAGAGCAAUAACAAGAUAUAAUAUUGGUCUAAUAAUUUUAUAACUCUAUUUUGAUAUUCCAAAUAUUUAAUAUAUAGAUGAAUAAAAGAUGUAAAGUUUGUUAUUUCAACUCAUUCCAAAAAGACCAUCUGGAAUAGAUGAUGAUUAAAUUGAUAAAUCAAAUAAAUCUAUUUAAUUUGAAUAAACCAAUCCUUUAGGUGCAUUAAUAUUGAGAUUCUUAUCCAUAGAUCCAAUAAAAAGACUAGAAUUUUCAUUAAUCUAAUUAAUGUAAGUAGAAUAUGAUGUAGAUAAUUAUGAUUUUACUGAAGAUAUGUAACAUUUCUUUUCAAAUUAUAAUGCAUAUUACAGACCAUCAUCAUAAUCAAGUUAUAAAAGUAAAUAAUCUAAUCAAUUUUAAUAAUAAAAUAGUUUUGUAUCUGGAGAUAAUAAUAAUAAUAAUAUAUCAUCAUUUGUAAAAUAACUAUAUUAACCUACUAAUAAUAGUCAAGAUGAUAUGCCUGCUAUAGCAUUAAAAAUGCCUGAAUUAACACAAAGAAGUAAGAAGAAAAUUGGAGCACCUUCAUAUCAAUCAUAUGUCAGAUCUAAAAAUUUAAUUGCUGAAGUUCAUUUCAAUCUUUAUUUAUAUCAAUCUGCUCUUGAUUAAUGGUAGUAUUUAUUAUCAGAUGUUGAAGAGUGUUUUGGUGAAACAUCUCCUGAAUGUGAAUAUAUAUUAGAAAGAAUAUGGGUAUUAGCUUAACAUCUUGGAUAAGAGAGAGUAUUAGAAUAGAUUAGUUAAAAAUAUGUAACAAUAAGAAAGUCAAAUGUAAAGGGUGUAAAAGAAUAAUUAGAAGUUGCUCAUCUUCUUUAAGAUUAAGCCAAAGUCAAGGCUCUUAUAAGACCUAAUGAGGCUGUAGAUCUAUAUCAUCAAUCCUCAAAAUAAUUUUAGAUGGUUAAAGGUAAGUUUAAUAAUCAAAGUGCUUAUAAUUCAAUGCAAAUAGGAUUGAUUUAUUUAAAAUUAAUGAAUAUUGAAAAAGCUAGAAGCAAUUUAGAAUAUGCUGUAUACAUCUUUACUAAAAUGGAAAAGUCAUCUAUUGUACCAUUUUUAAUAGCUACAACAUGGUAAAUUGAUGAUGAAGAAGUUGUCAAAGAACCAGUAAAUAAAAUUAAAUUUUUUCAAUCUCUUUUUAAUUUGGGUUCAUUUUAUUUCAACUUUGAAAGUUAAUAGAAAGCUUAUGGAGUAUUAUAAGCAGCUAAAGAUGUUAUGGAUGAAUUAAAAAAAGGUGAGCUUUAUCCUGAGUAAUAAAUUUUUAAUUCUACUUUAGAUUAAUAAGAUUGUGUAGAACUGAAGUAAUUAAGUUAUACACUGAACUUUCAAGAUGUCUAAUGAGUAAUAAUGAAAUUGAUGAUGCACUUAAAUUAGUAGAGGAAGGAAUAUAAUAAAAUACAGAUCAACUUGAAAUAAAAUCAUUAAUUGAUAUUAAAGUGGAAAUUUUAGUAGCUCAAGGAAAAAUAUCAGAUGGAUUAGCAAGUAAAAAUAUAAAUUAUAUUUUUAAGUACUUGGAUUAUGGGCAAGAUAAUUUUAGAGAUCUAAUAAUUUAACUAUGGAAACUGCUUAUCUUCUCAAAGAAGUAGGUGAUUUAGCUUACAAACUUAAAGAUGUAUAAUUAAAUUCUUAUUAUUAGUUUAAUGUUGCUUUUAGUUUUUAUUCUGAAGCUUUAGCUAUUUAUUAAAAAGGAAAAGUAAAAGGUUUAAAACAAAAAAAUGAAAUAUAACAAUACAUUCAAGAUAUUGAAGAAAAUCUUUAACAAAUUUUCUAAAUUUAAAAAAUGUGA